CAACAUGGCGGAAUUAAAUCAUAUCUACGACUAAGAAGAAUAAACAAUGUAUUAUACUGUCAAAUUGUUGUGGAAUGGUAAAAAACUUUGUCUGUUUUUAAGGUGUACUUAAUUGAAUAGUAUAAGUAUGGUAAGUGUUAUGGUAAUUCAUAUUACGGUCUAAGACAAUCAAAUGUAUUCUGACACUGUGCCAGUCACCAACGCUAUAUACCAAACAGCAUUAGUUUUGUUCCUUUAUCUUUUAAAAGUAUGGAGGACUAUCUGUUUUGAAACUGAUUUCAUUUUUAUAAGAAUCAUCUUGUGGAAGUGUUAACAUGGACGUCAAUAUUUCUUAAUUUAUCAUUUUAUCCGAAAACGGUUUUGCCUUUCUGAAAAUGUUGGAAUUCAUUCCCCUUCUGGAUUCCGUAAAUGUUGAUUUUAUUAUUCAUUAGUGUGCCAAGGAACUGAGUUGGACAUGAACUUGAUAGUUACAUAAUUAGAAAGAUUUGAUGAUGAUUGAGAGUGAUGAAAGGUCAAGGUAUGGCUGAAAGGCCUAAUAUUAUGAACAAUGAGUCAUCUUCGUGUACUACUUCACCGUGACUACGAUUAGAACGCCAGACCGCAUACAGACAGACUGGUUGUUUCUGCAACGAUGGGAUUUUGUUUGUGAAAACAUUCAUUGAACUAUCCUCAAGAAUCUGGUCCACCAGACCUUUGGCUAAUAAACAACUGGUUGUCAUGGCGACCGUAUCUUUUCCGUCUCCGUUCGGCAGCAUGUGCUCCCCUCCUGUAGUCUCGGCAGACCCGGUGUAUCGGGGUCGUAGUCUCAAGGCCUUUUUCUCCAAGCCCAAAAGCGCCGAGUCGGAAGGCUCUCAGAUCACUUUUGUUGACCUCAACGACAUCUCCGUCAAGUGCUCCACGCCGUACCGGUUGCCAAGGAUACCACCGCCCUGCGACACGCCGUGCACGGAGGAGGAUGGAGACAAGCUGGAUGGGGACGAGAGGGUCUUCGGCAGGUUUGGCUAUGAGGAUGUGGUCAGAAUGCCCGAGCUAGGACCUUCAAUCACAAAAGCACUCAUUAACCCCCACAGUACGCUAGCUCAGCGCUAUAGUAUUGAGAUCACCAACCCAACUGGCACUCCCGUGAGCCGAAGUCUCUCACCCGUGAAGUCCGCUAAAAGCAUACACUGGGCCCUAGGAAACGAGAAAAAUUCCCUCUUUGAUGCAACGGGUCGAAGCAGAGCACAAGGUCCCUUUUCCCGCGAGUUCACAGUUCGUUGCAUGGCUCCACCCAACUGGAUGAGAAUGAAGUGGGGAAGGUCAAGGACAAUGGUACAUUGAGGGAUGCUGAUGUCUUUGUGCUUCUCGAACUCUUAUGACGCUGCUUGAUUGCUGCUUGAUCCUUACAAAUUGAAAGAUACUUUAUCUGUACAAUCUGUCUCUCCUUUAUUACGUUUAUGAGUUUCUUGUUGUAUCAGAACAUUCUAAAUGUACACUCCCUUUAAUUAUUCUAUGUUCUAUGAAUUGACUUAGAUCAUAUUCUUUCAACAUUCUCAAAUAACAUAUUUUAUUACUACAGAUAGGUGCGUGCGAGCACACACACAUACACACACACACACACACACACACACACACACACACACACACACACACACACACACACACACACACACACACAGAAGCAUGUAAGGGGCACAAGGGAAAAGCAAGGGAAGUCAUUUUUUGGCACUUUGAGAAAAAGAAAACUGAAAGUUUGACAGACCACAAUUGUUUACAGUACAGCUUAUUUUCAAAGCAUGCUAUUGGGCGACUCAACAGGCUUAAGCUCGGGACACUAAUAUGGGACAAGAAAAGUGCAUGCACACCUUCCUUGCCUUGUCAUAACGUAACUCAUCCAAUAAUUGAUUUCUCUUGUUUUUCCUUGGGACCCUUCAUACAUAAUACAUCUCGUAAUAUGUAUAAUGAAGCAACUAUAUUUUUACCAUUUUCAUAUUCUUAUGUCCAUAUUUUUUUCAUUUAAUUUAAAAAAACAAUUACCAUGCAUGUCUUCGAUUUUCUAUAAUCAAAUUUGCAUUGGUAAAAAAUGUCGAAAAAAGUAUUUUAACAUGUUUUAGUAAAUUUUCCAAUUGAGGAUCGAUCAUUUACUGCUACCUUUUUUGAAGCCCUGAUCAAUAUUAUGUUUUUACAUUAAAUCCUACUUGAUAAACCUACCAGAUAUGCUCUUAAACAAUAACAGUAUAAUUCUGUACCCUGAACUGUGAACUUGAAUAUCAUAACGCAUUUAUAAGUUUGUUUUUAUUCAUGUUUGCCUUUCGCGGUGGUAAGGCAAAAGAAUUUCAGUUCAAAAUAGGUACAUUUUCUAGCUAGCACGAUGUUACUCCAUUCACCCAACAAUAAGAUGCUUUAUAUAGACAAUCAAUGAUGAUUUAACAUUGGAAGGGUAACAGGCGCGUAACAGGCUAGAUCGCCGUUUGUCCCGGGCCAUGGGUGUGUGUGUGGGGGGGGGGG